CCGUGCACCAGCUCGUGCACCCGCUCGUGCACUGCGGCGAACACACAACAAUCAUGGCGGAGAAUGAAACGCUGGAGUGUGUAACGGAGCACGAACGGAUCCUGCAGGAGAUCGAGAGCACGGACACGGCGUGCGUCGGCCCCACUCUGCGGUCCAUCUACGAUGACCAGCCCAACGCCCACAAGCGCUUCAUGGAGAAGCUGGACGCCAGGAUCCGGAACCACGACCGCGAGAUCGAGAAGAUGUGCAACUUCCACCACCAGGGCUUCGUGGACGCCAUCACCGAGCUGCUCAAAGUCCGCGCCGACGCCGAGAAGCUCAUGGGUCAGGUGACGGAGACCAACCGGAGGCUCCAGGAGGCGGGCCGCGAGGUGACGGUGCAGACGGAGGAGGUGAUCCGCUGCCGGAUCCAGCAGAGGAACAUGGCCACCACCGUGGAGAAGCUGCAGCUGUGUAUUCCAGUGCUGGAAAUGUACAGCAAGCUGAAGGAGCAGCUGGACUCCAAGAGGUACUACGCUGCUCUGAAGACCAUGGAGCAGCUGGAGAAGGUCUUCAUCCCCAGGGUCGGUCAGUACCGGUUCUGUCAGAUCAUGGCGGAGAACCUGCCGCGGCUCCGAGAGGAGAUCAAGGAGAUCUCCAUGUCCGACCUGAAGGACUUCCUGGAGAGCAUCCGCAAGCACUCGGACAAGGUCGGAGAGACGGCCAUGAGACAGGCCCAGCAGCACAGGACCUUCAACAGUGCGGUGGCCAAGCAGGCCAGCGUCGGCCACUACACCAAGCCGCUGUACAGCCUGAACGGACGGACGCACUCACACACUCCCAACGGCCUGCUGAUGGACGAGGACGCCAUGGACGAGGAGGACGGCGACGACGAGGUCCUCACGGCUCAGGACCUGGUGGACUUCUCCCCCGUCUACAGAUGUCUGCACAUCUACACCGUGCUGGGCGACCGGGAGACGUUCGAGAACUACUACAGGAAGCAGAGGAAGAAACAGGCCCGCCUGGUGCUGCAGCCACAGGCCAACAUGCACGAGACGGUGGAAGGCUACAGAAGAUACUUCAACCAGAUCGUCGGGUUCUUCGUGGUGGAGGACCAUAUCCUCCAUGCCACCCAGGGCCUGGUGACCAGAGCGUUCACUGAUGAGCUGUGGAACAUGGCUCUGUCCAAGAUCAUCGCUGUGCUCCGCACACACUCUUCGUACUGUGACGACCCCGACCUGGUGCUGGAGCUGAAGAACCUCAUCGUCAUCUUCGCCGACACGCUGCAGGGCUAUGGUUUUCCAGUCACCCGCCUGUUCGACCUGCUGUUCGAGGUCCGGGACCAGUACAACGAGACUCUGCUGAAGAAGUGGGCUCAGGUCUUCAGGGAGAUCUUUGAGCUGGACAACUACAGUCCCAUCCCGGUGGACACCGAGGAGGAGUACAGCCUGGUGCUCAGCCGCUUCCCCUUCCACGACGCCGAGAUCGAGAAGCAGGACUUUCCAAAGAAGCUCCCCAUGUCCCAGUCCGUCCCUCAGAUCUACACACAGGUCAAAGAGUUCAUCUACGCCAGCCUCAAGUUCUCCGAGUCCCUCCACCGCAGUUCGACAGAGAUCGACGACAUGCUGAGGAAGUCCACCAACCUGCUGCUGACCAGGACUCUGAGCAGCUGUCUGCAGAACCUCAUCAAGAAGCCCCACAUAGGACUGACCGAGCUGGUGCAGAUCAUCAUCAACACCACCCACCUGGAGCAGGCCUGCAGGUACCUGGAGGAGUUCAUCACCAACAUCACCAACGUGUCCCCGGAGACGGUCCACACCACCCGGCUGUACGGCCUGUCCACCUUCAAGGACGCCCGUCACGCGGCGGAGGGGGAGAUCUACACCAAGCUGAACCAGAAGAUCGACGAGUUCAUCCAGCUGGCCGACUACGAGUGGAGCAUGGCCGAGUCGGACGGCCGCGCCUCCGGAUACCUCAUGGACCUCAUCAACUUCCUGCGCUCCACCUUCCAGGUCUUCACGCACCUCCCGAAUAACAACAAUGACCAUGCGUCGAUGUCGGGGAAAGUGGCCCAGACCGCCUGCAUGUCGGCCUGCAAGCACCUGUCCACGUCCCUGAUGCAGAUGCUGCUGGACUCGGAGCUGAAGCAGGUCAGCAUGGGAGCCAUCCAGCAGUUCAACCUGGACGUCAUCCAGUGCGAACUGUUCGCCAGCUCAGAGCCCGUCCCCGGUUUCCAAGGAGACACGCUGCAGCUGGCCUUCAUCGACCUGAGACAGCUGCUGGACCUGUUCAUGGUGUGGGACUGGUCCACCUACCUGGCGGACUACGGCCAGCCCACGUCCAAAUACCUGAGAGUCAACCCGGCCACCGCGCUGGCUCUGCUGGAGAAAGUCUACAGAGGGAUGAAGGACACCACCAAGAAGAACAACAUCUUCUCUCAGUUCAGGAAGAACGACCGGGACAAACAGAAGCUGAUAGAGACUGUGGUCAAACAGCUGAGGAGCCUGGUCAACGGCAUGUCCUCCUAAAGACACACACACACACACACACACACACACACACACACACACACACACACACACACACACACAACAAAGCA